AUGACUACAGUUUCUUACCAGAAAUUUACCGCCAUUCGCAAAGCUGUGGUGGAUUCCACCGGCGGUCUGGAAGCUCUUGCGUUUCCCUGGGUACUGACACAAUGGAGCCGAUCUUACGCACGCCUCUCUUCUUAUGAUGACCCAUAUCGCUCGUCCGGUAUGACCUGGAGAGCUAUUCUUAUCCCCUGA